AUGGAAUCGAAACUUCCGGAUCUCGAAAGUCUGUUGGUAGCGCCGGAACAAUCUCCGGAAACAACCGAUCCUAUUCCCGAAGUGGCUGAAGUCGAAUCUAUCCAAAGCGAACCAUCCCAAGUUACUGAAUCUACUCUUCCCAAUUCUGAAAACCUUUCGGAAACCCUACAAGAGUCUGCCCAAAAUAUCGAAGCUUCCGAUGUUAUUCCUCCGGUUGCCGGAAUCGAAUCUAUCCAAAGCGAGCCAACUCAAACUGUGGAAUCUACGCUUCCCAAUUCGGAAAAUAUGGUGGUAGCAACGGAACAACCUCUUCAAACCACCGAAGCUUCCGAUGCUAUCCCCAAAGUCGAAUCUAUCCAAAAUGAGUCGUCUCAAGUUACGGAAUCAAAACUUCCGGAUCUCGAAAAUCUGUUGGUAGCGCUGGAACAAUCUCCGGAGAAAACCGAGGCUUCCGAUUCUAUUCCCGAAGUGGCCGAACAUCAAUCUAUCCAAGGCGAGCCAUCCCAAGUUAUGGAUGAAUGCAAUUUAGUUCCAGCUGAGGCACUUACCGAGCCCGUCGAACUGGAUCUCCAGUUGGAGAAUGAAUCGAUCGUUCAGUCCGAAACGAUUGAAGACAUCGUUCAACAAGUUGACGAACCUCCAAAAGAACCUGUGGAAUCUAAACAUCCGUCGGUACUUAGUUGGGCGUCUGUAGUUGCCACCAGCAAACCAGCAAUUACAGAAUCCAAAGAAGAAGUUGUUGAAGAACCAGUGCGUCCUAAACGCCCAUUGCCGACACUGAUCGUCGUGGGAGAUGGUGAACAGCCAGUUCCUAUUGAAACUGAUCCCGACUCUUUCACGGAAUUUGUAUGUCGUAACGAACGCCGUCGCAGGAAAUGGCGAUCAUCGCAAUCCGAAUCUCAAGACUACACGACUGACGAAGAGCACGUCGAAUCAGUUUCGCUUGUUGUCGAUGAUAAGCCGAAAGAGCAACUAGUCGAUUCCGAGCCAGUCGAGGCCCCUGUUCAGGCUCCAGUGACAUCCGCACCUAUAAAACUAGUAGAAAAUGUGUCGGAUGAAGAAGUCCAUGAUGUUCUUCCUGCCACGUCCAAAGGAACAGAAUCUUUAGAAUUAGCUGAUGUUAUUGAACACGGAGAAACAACUCCUCAGCUCUAUUACGACCUCUUUGCCGAUUCAUGGCCUCAUCCUUUCUACAUUUUCCUUCGUGAUGCCGAAAGCCGCUGGAAGGCAAAAGAAAGCCUCGUCAAUCAGUCUGUCGUGACUAACGUUCAAGAACCCAUCCAAGAAGCAUCACAAUUGGUACCCCAAGAAACAGUUUGCGAGCCACAAGAACAAGUGGAUUGCCAUCCAAAUCAAGAACCCACUCCGGAAUUGAUCCCUGAAUCGGUGCAAGAAUGGGUACCUGCGCCGUCUGCUUUGCAAGAAGAAGCAUCUUCAUGUCCGUCCGCUGAAGUACUGCAACCAACCACGGAUGAGACUCCUGUAAUUUCCGGCUGGGUCAUCAGAGAAAGUCCGGAGAAAAAAGUGCCCGAAGUGGCCAAACCUUUGUCAUGGGCCGCUAUGGUGGCCCUCUCAAAAGCGGCAGCAAUGGAAACUGUUCCAGAACCUGUGGUCGAACAGGUUGCUCCACGCCCAACCAAAACCCCGGUUCUGGUAGUCGUUGGCGAAGAUGUUCAGCCAGAGCCGAUUAGCAGCGACGAUCCGGAUGGUUUUCACGAAUGUGUCAGCCGUCGCGAAAAGCGAAGACGCAAGUGGCGCUCAUCUCAAUCAGAAUCACAAGAUGCUGAAGCUGAAGCAGUUGUCCCUGAGGCUUCCCUUCCUACUGACCUUCCCUCUGAGCCAUCUUACGUGAACGUGAAAGUGGAGAAUGUCAGCACUCAUCCGCCCGAACUGCAUGAGAAAUCUGAAAGUAAAUCGAAACGCGUCGUCGUAAAAAUUGAAAAACAAACAAAGGAGGUCGAACGUAAACGAUCUAAGCGUCUAUCUGAAUCGGAAAGGGAAGCUCUUCAGCUGGCCGAAGCCAUUGAGAGUGGUCAGGAUAUUACAAACAAAUGCCCCGUCGUUGAAUCUUACUGGUCGGACAAGAUUUUGUAUAGCGACGCUGAGAAAUUGUGGCAAGAAAGUUUAAAUGGCGCCGCCGUUCGAUUAGAUGAUAAGAUUGAGAGCUUGAAACAAAGCCAGUCACCCGAAUCCGAUCCCAUACCUCAACCCCCACCCUCCGUCGAGUCCUCCAACAGUAGUAGUAGAUUACCAACAACAACAGAGAACAUCAACAACAUCGAUUUGCCUGAAGAUCGGGCCAUCUGGUCGGAUGAAAGCACUUUCCUCAGUGAAUCGCAAGAAGAACGUCAGCAAAACGUACACAAGAAGGACCUAUCCACCGAUCUUGACGCAAUGUUGGCUCAAUUGCAACAAGUGGAAAAAGACCUUCAACAGUUCAACUCCCAACAGAUACAGGAUCGUCUACCGCUGAUUGAAGCUGUUAUGGAAUCUCUCGAGGAGAUGGAGCCUCGGUUGAUCGACUUGGAUGAUAGGAUUAAGAACCUUUCCGAUGAAGAUCCCGAAUUAGAUUCCAUUCGAGCAGCCGUAGCAAGUCUUAGGACUCGUCACAUCACAUUGGAAUCUCAAGCCUGUCGAUACAAACAAAAGCUAGAAGAUGCUGCUGAAGCCAAAAGCAAAGAUAAUGAAGACCUUCUAAGGUACCAGGCACUUCUUUCGGACCUGGACGAUUGGGUCAGCGUGACUCAUGGCCAACUGAAAGCAGAAUUGCCCAAAUUCACUUCGGUGGGUGCCGUUCUGAAAGAAAUGGAUUCGAGCAAGGAUAUAGUGAAACGCAAUGAACAGCUGGCUGAUUUGAUGAAUCGAUGUGGGACGCUGCAACAUUCGGUGGCCGAGACGGAACCACUGGCGACGCAGCUCUACGAGCACCUGUGUGUCCUGCAACGUAGCUUUUCAGAGGCAGGCGCCCAGUUACACACACGACUACUUCUCCUGCAGGCAUGUCUGCUCGAGCUAGAGGAGAAAGAAGUCUGCGUCGACAUUAGUCCUCCCCUUGUCCAACAUGUCGACCAUGAAGCAGCUAAUGAGACGCCCGUCACUGCUAUUGACACGCCAGUGGCUACCACUGCCCCUGAAGUACGUCUAAAUGAUCCGAUCGAACAUAACAUUAUACCGGCUCAAACGAGCUCAAUAGACGAUGACAAUGAAAUGUCAUUCACGCAAUCCGUCGUUCAGAAAACCGUCCGGGUCAUUCGACGAACUAUCCUGCAAAAUGGCAGAGAGAUAUCUGUGGAAGAGCAAAUAGAAGAAAACCCCACGAGUGGAGUAACUCCGCUUUCGGUUGAAACUGAACUCAUUCCUCCAAAACGAUAUUUUCGCAUACCGUCGCCCUUCGGUAUCGUCGAGGAGCCCAAUUUUCACGAUGACCAACAAACAGAAAAAGAUGAUAAUAAAAGCACUGUCGAAAUUACGGACAUUACCGACGAAUAUGAUGAUCGCGAAGCUGCAAACAUUGGUCCGUCACCCGACCAAUUCAUAGAGAUUCACGAGGUUCUCGACAAUCUUCAAUUCGUUGAACAGCCACAAAGUCCUGAAAAAAUCAUCGAACUUUCGAGUUCUAAUGAUGGCGUUGCCCCACAAAAUCAACCUCGCAUAGCUUUUGAAACACUUCACGAACAUGAAGAAGAACACGAACAUGAUGAGAGUACCGAAUUCAAUCCUGUUGAUACAAAGGCUGAUGAUGAUGAUGAGAUCCAACAUGGCAAAGAGCUACCUGAAACCGAGCAUGACCUAGUACUUCAAGAAUCAGAAAUCAGUCAAACCGUCGAAAUGCUAAUCGAGCCACAAGGCGAGCCGAUAUUGGAAGCCAAUCUCCAAAAAGAUCUUGAUACUAAGACGAGCCAUGAUCCAUCGCUGGGAUCGGAAGUACAACCUGAGCCUGAAGUAACCAGCGAAUUUCAAAAAUUAGAUGAAAUUCAUUCCGAGUUGCAAACCAAUGCACAGCUGGAACCCUUGGUGGUAUGCGAAGAAGCUGCAAAACAACAGGUUGAAACAAGCACUGUGACUGAAAAUGAACGUACGGUAGAACCUAAAAUCGAGCAUGAACUUCGAGACGAAGUCCAACAAACAGAAAUUGAAAUCCCUCCGCAAGUGAUGACGGAAGAACAGACUACUGAGCCAAUUACUGAAAAUCUCGUUGAAGAACCUAAUGAAACAACUGGAGAGCCUGAAUCAGCCAGUGCUACUGAAGAAAAACCAUUAGUCGAAAUGUCUGAAGGUGAAACUCUCGCAAAAGAUGAAGCUGCGGUUGAUCAUCGUGAAGUACAAGCAGCCGAGCCCACAAAUCAGGACGACGGAUUCCCAAUUGAAACAACCCCCGAUAGUCGUGAAGAGUUCAUUGAAGAAUCUAUUGAUGAACCGAUUGGGGAGCCUGACUCAAAGUGGUCUGAAGAGGAAAUUUUCGAAAAAGACGAGGCCACGAUUGAUCAUCAAGAAAAACAAGCAAUUGAGCCUACAAAACUGGAUGACGAAAUUGAAAAAAGUCCCGAUGGCCAUGAAUGUCCAAUCAUUGAAGUUGAGUUAACAUCUGUUUCUUCGACCAAACUCCCAUCCGUCAUUGCAGAAAUACCAUUCGAUGAGCCGCAACAGCUCCAGAUUCCUGAAAAUCAAUUUAAAACAGAACCCGAGUCAGAAUCGAAAGUUUCAAUGGCAGCCGAACAAAAAAUUGCAGCAGCAGAACCUGUUAAAGAUGAGCUCCAACUUCCGAUGUCAUCAGAUAAAACCAACGAAAAAGUACCGGAAAAGGCGAUGGAAAAUGUUAAGACUACCCUAUCCUCAACGACAUCCUCUGUAGGAGAUGAGACAGAAUCGGACGUCGAUAACAUGGACUGGAACGUCUCUCCAGACGACGAGCGCCAAUUUGACGAAUACUUCAAGGAUGAAAGACCGCCAUCAGCCUCGUCCAAUUCAUCGACUUCUACCGAUACCACUCGUCUGGAAUCAGCUUCUUGCGAACCCGUGGAAGACAUCCCGUUGCAGGGGAUAGACACUGUUGAUUCUUCAAGAGCUACACCGAUCCAAGAGGAACCAGUACCUUCUGACAUAGCGAUCGUCGAAGAAAUCAGUAACAAUCAAACGGCAAACGAAGACGUUCAAGAAAAUCUCGACAGUCCUGUUGAAGUACUCGUCCUGGAAGACAGCAGCGCACGAGUUGUGGUGGACGACGUGUUACAAAAGACAGUUGAAGAGGAGGAACAAACAAGUGUAGUAGACGAAAGCGUUGUGCAAGUUCUGGACCCAAUCUACGUGGUAGAUACCGAGGACGAGUCAGCGACGGAAUCAAUUGUGGAUUCCGAUGAUAAAAUGCCGACUGAUUUAGCAGAGCAGCUCAGUCAGCAGUUGGUCGAAGAAGUUUUCAAGUCUGUUGAAACCCAUCCUACUAUUGAGCGUAUGAUUCAGGAAAGUUUAAUCCAAUCUGCACUAGCUAAUCCGAGUUCAUCAUCAGAAUCGUCAUCAAGCCAAGAUGACGGUGGUUGGUGGAUGGUUGACCCUGAUGACGCGAAACAAGAAGUCAAAGAACCUUUUGAGAUGGUUGGAGAAUUACAGUCAUCGUUGAUAGAACCCACAGAGUCAAGCGGUCAAGACGAAGACAUGGUGCAACAACAAUUGGACGAUAAUGACCCAUCCACUACAUCAGAAAGUCAGCUGGUAGAUGUGGAAAGUUUGAUUGUUCAACUGGAACCCGACCUACUUCAAAUUCCGGAUUUAACAAAGACGGAAUCGUGGUCCAAUGUGACCGUGAUCAGGGUGGGCUACGGAGACGAACUGCCGGUCGAAGAUCGACAAGCUGCUGGAACAUCGUUCAUUGAGCCAUUGGAAAAAAGCGAACAGGAUACGUUGAAGAAAGAAGCUGAAGUGCAACAAGCCAUUGAAACGUUAUCUUGUGAACCCACGAAAGAUGCUGAACAGGAGGUCUUGGACAAAGAAGCCGAACAACAAAAAACUACUGGAACACCACUGAUUGAACCGUUCAAAGUCCCUGAACAGGAUACCUUGAAGGAAGAGGUUGAAGAGCAACAAACUUCUGGAAACAGAGGCCGCGGGAUAUCGUGAACAGGACACCUCGAAUGUAGUGGUUGAGGAGCAACAAGUUAUUGGAACACCACUGAGUGAGCCUUCCAAAACCCAUGAAAAGAAUGUCGUUGAAGAAGAGGCUGAGGAACAACAAACUUCUGAAACGGAAUCCAUGAACUUAGAGACUGAGGAACAACAAGUUUCUGGAACACCACUGAUUGAACCCUCUAAAGACCGUGAGCUGGAUACCUUUGAAGAAGAGGUCGAAGAGCAACAAACUUCUGGAACGGAAGCCAUGAACAUCUAUGGUCCCGAUGUCUUGGAUGAUCAAUCUCAAGAGCAACAAAUUAUUGAAACACCAACUAUUGAACCCACGAAAGACCGCGAUACUCUGGACAAAGAGAUUGUAGAGCAACAAACUCUUGGAACUGAACCCAUGGGAGACAGUGUACAGGACGCGUUGAACAU